AUUCUGAUUCUGGAUCUGAAUCUGAUUCCGAUCAGGAGAACGCUGGCUCUGGGAGUAAUGCCUCUGGAAGCGACAGCGACCAGGAUGAUGACAGAGAGGCAAUAAAACCCAGUAAUAAGGAGUUAUUUGGAGACGACAGUGAGGAUGAAGGGGCAUCCCACCACACAGCGAGUGACAACCAUUCGGAAAGGUCCUACAAUCGCUCUGAAGCUUCAGGACAUUCUGAACACGAAGAUAAUGAUCAGUCAGACGUGGACCAGCACAGUGUUUCAGAAGCUGCUCACGAUGAUGAGGAGGAUGACCGUGGGCAUGGGUCAGAUGAAGGCAGUCAUCAUUCAGAGGGAGAUGGUUCUGAGAAAGCACACUCAGAGGAUGAGAAGUGGGGCAAGGAGGACAAAAGCGAUCAGUCAGACGAUGAGGAGAGACAGCAGAACUCUGAUGAUGAGGAGAGACAGCAGAACUCUGACGAUGAGGAGAAAGUGCAGAACUCUGAUGAAGAUGAAAGGCCACAGAUAUCUGAUGAUGAGGAAAGGCUCCAGAACUCGGAUGAGGAGAAAAUGCAGAACUCGGAUGAUGAGGAGAGGCCGCAGGUCUCGGAUGAGGAGAAGAUGCAGAAUUCGGAUGACGAAGAAAGGGCCCAGCACUCUGACGAGGAGAAGAUGCAGAACUCUGACGACGACGAAAGGGCCCAGCACUCCGAUGAGGACGACCAAGAGCAUAAGUCUGAGUCUGCAAGGGGCAGUGAUAGUGAAGAUGAAGUUCUGCGAAUGAAGCGAAAGAAGCCAAUUGCGUCAGAUUCAGAAGUGGACAGUGAUACAGAAGGACAGAAAG